AAUGAACCUCCGAUGGUUCCUUAUAAAAUUCCAAUAAUCGGGCAUACAGUAGAUUAUUUAUUUAAUGCCGAAAAUUUUUUGGCCGAAAGUAGACAACGAGUGAAUACUAUAACUGGAAACGAAGUCGUUCAUGAAGUUUAUAGGACCGAUGUUUUUAGCAAGGACGGCGCUAUGCAAGAUUAUUUUCCUUUACAUCGUGUUUUAAAAAUUCUUGAGCAUCCCGAAACAUCGUAUCAAUUAAUCAAAACAGUACGUGACCAAAUUGCUGCAAAAUUACCUUUAUACACUGGAAGAAUGCAAAAGCAACUUAUGAUUUCUAUUAAUAAUGAAAUUGGAGAUUGUUCUAACCCUAAAUUAAUUCUCACGGGUGGUAAUUUCUCAAGCGUAAUCGCUCGUCCCAUAGCUGAUAUUUUGGUUGGACAGGAAAUAUCAAAAAAUGAAGAUGUGAUCAAAGCUUUUGCUGAUUUUACCAAAGAUUUUGUAUCAAUUCUCAGAAUACCUCCCAUUCUUUCGUUUAUUCAUCCAAAAGUUCAUGUCCAACUUAUCACUUUGCCACUUAGAUUCGGAUGGAAUCCAAUUUUAAAGCACGUGAUUACUUUAAAGAAACAUUUGAAGCCUGUAUUAGAGAAAAGAUUGAAUGAUAAAGGAAUUCUUGGUGAUAAAUAUGAACCACCUAUGGAUAUAAUUGAAUAUCUUCUGAAUGAUCCUGAAUACGGAACAAAAGUUCUUACUGAUGAUUACUUGAAUAAAAUCUGUGAAUUUGUAUAUAUUAUUGUUGUUGUCUCCAUUCACACUACUGCUCGUCAUCUUACUUUUGCUCUUUAUGAUUUUGCAGGAAGACCAGAAUUAUGGGAUGAUAUUUACGAAGAACAAGAAAGAAUUGAUAAAGAAUGUAAUGGAGAAUUAUCACCUCAACAUAUUAACGAAAUGGUGAAAUUGGAUAGUUUUGUGAGAGAAUCUUUAAGGACUGUUGGUUCUGCGUUGACCGUCGUUCCCCACAAAUGUUUGGAAUCAUAUACACUUAAAAAUGGCAUGACAAUUCCAAAAGGUCGCAUAGUACGAACUUAUUUAAUGGAUAUUCAUUACAAUACCACAGCAUAUGGGCCAGAACCAAGGUCAUUCCUUCCUUAUCAUGGUUUGGAAAAUAAAUUCUCGGCAUCAAAAAUUGACAGAAAUUAUUUUGUAUUUGGUUCGGGAAAACAUGCUUGCCCGGGAAGAUUUUUUGCUGUAAAUGAAAUUAAAAUUGGUAUGCAUAAAUUAAUUUUAAAUUAUCAAAUUAAGACACCAAGUGGAAAGAUUGAAAAAAAG